GCUGCGCCCUGACGCUCUGGCUUACCAGAAUUCUGUAUUUACUGUUUUCAUAUUCGUCUCGGUUCAGAUUUACGAAAACUUAAUACAAUCAGGUAUUGUGUGCCUGGAAGGAGAUGUUUUAAAGGAGUUGAUAGUGGAUGCAUUAACAAUGCGGUUGGUAAUGUGUUCCAGUCUAGUACGAGAUGAGAUGAUAUUCUGAUGUUGUCAUAGUGAUGAUGAGAAGGAAGAAGCCGGAAAAUGACACAUACAGGCCAGGAACCAAACAUGUACACGUGUGAUGUCUGUGAUAAAGACUUUAGUUUCUUAUCGAAACUACGGAGGCAUACAAAAAUACAUACAGGGGAAAAGCCAUACAAGUGUGACGUGUGUGAUAAGGAGUUCAGUUUCUCAUCGAAACUACGGAGGCAUACAAAAAUACAUACAGGGGAAAAGCCAUACAAGUGUGACGUGUGUGAUAAGGAGUUCAAGGAGGCAUGCCAAGUACGGGAACACCUAAUGACACAUACAGGGGAGAAACGACACAGCUGUGACGUCUGUGGGAAAGGGUUUAUCAAAGCAUAUGGUCUACAGGUACAUGUCCGAAAGCACAAAGGAGAGAAACCAUUUAAGUGUGGUGUCUGUGGUAAGGGUUUCAAUGUGGCCUCACACGUGAGAGAGCACCUGAUGACCCACACGGGAGAGAAACCUCACACAUGUGAUGUGUGUGGUAAGGGCUUUAGUCAGGCGGCUAAUCUCCGUACACAUACCAGGAUACAUACCGGAGAGAGACCGUUCAAGUGUGAUGUCUGUACCAAAGCAUUCAGUGAGGCAUCACGGCUGAAUAUACAUAAAAGGACCCAUACAGGAGAGAAACCAUGCAAGUGUAAUGUGUGUGGUAAGGGGUUUAGUCAGGCGACUAACCUACGAACACAUAUCAGGAUACAUACCGGAGACAGACCGUACAGGUGUGACGUCUGUGGUAAGGCAUUUAGCGAUGCCUCUAGUCUAAGGGUUCACACAAGAACCACUACCGGGGAUAAACAAAACAAGUGCAGUGUCUAAAUUAUAGUACCUUACUCAGUUCGAGCAUCUAGAUCUAUGUGUCCUGUGUAAAUUGAUUGUAUGGAGAAUCUAGAUCUACCUGUCCUGUGUAAAUUGAUUGUAUGGAGAAUCUAGAUCUACAUGUCCUGUGUAAAUUGAUUGUAUUGUCUCUCACUACCACUUAAGGUGUCCUGACUCCCGACUCAUUGGAUAAACCUGGUAGGAGUUAAUAUGUAGACACUCUUGGUGACCCACUAGUGAGUAACACCCUGAACGUUAUUUCAUUGGUCAAUCUUCUAAUCAUGACGUCAAGAGACAACACUUUGCGACGUCCUCUUCCAUUGUGACGUCAUAGUUCAUGUUGGUGGUUUCCCUGAUCAGAGUAACAUGUUCCUAGAUAUGAUAUCUAAACGGUGUGGGAGAAAAACGUCAACAAACUUGUGAUGGUUGGUUAACUUGUUUAUCUAACUCUCGGAAGUAUCUUUUUUAUUUUAGAAGACACUUUGUAAACCUCAUGUUUUUAUAUUCUUUGAAAAUUAACUAAGUUAGAUUAACAUGAUAACAAACCAUCACCCAUUAGGGAUCCUCUGUGUAACAAGCGUCUAGAUCUAUAUCCCUAACCCUAUAUGUUGUAUGUAAAUUUGUUGUAUCGAAUAAUUAGAACUACAUGUCUUUCACUGUAUUGAGCAUCUAAAUCUAUGUCAUACAUUAAUCCAUUAACUGUUACGUUGUUACACUAGCUGGUACAGCUGCAACCUCCAUUGUAGCUCCGAUAUACUACAUGUAUUUGGAGCAUAAACAACAUUUACUGUAACCACGUCAGACUAGUUGGAGCAGAAACAGCCUCGAUGGUAACCCAGUUAGUGCAGAAACAGCAUCUAUUAUAACCUGGUUAUACUAGUAAGUGCAGAAAUAACAUCUAUUAUAACCUGGUUAUACUUGUAAUUGCAGAAAUAACAUCUAUUAUAACCUGGUUAUACUUGUAAUUGCAGAAAUAACAUCUAUUAUGACCUGGUUAUACUAGUAAUUGCAGAAAUAACAUCUAUUAUAACCUGGUUAUACAUGUAAUUGCAGAAACAACAUAUAUUAUAACCUGGUUAUACUUGUAAUUGCAGAAAUAACAUCUAUUAUAACCUGGUUAUAUUUGUAAGUGCAGAAACAGCAUCUAUUAUAACCUGGUUAUACUAGUAAGUGCAGAAAUAACAUCUAUUAUAACCUGGUUAUGCUAGUAAGUGCAGAAACAGCAUAUAUUAUAACCUGGUUAUACUAGUAAGUGCAGAAAUAUCAUCUAUUAUAACCUGGUUAUAAUAGUUAGUGCAGAAACAGCAUCUAUUAUAACCUUGUUAUACUAGUUAAUGCAGAAACAGCAUCUAUUUUAACCUGGUUAUACUAGCUAAUGCAGAAACAGCAUCUAUUUUAACCUGGCCAUGGUUAUACUAGUUAAUGCAGAAACAGCAUCUAUUUUAACCUGCCCAUGGUUAUACUAGUUAAUGCAGAAAAAACAUAUAUUAUAACCUGGCCAUGGUUAUACUAGUAAGUGCAGAAACAGCAUCUUUUAUAACCUAGAGAAUAUGUAAAUAGAGAAUAAUACAUGCCUUUUUCCAUAUCACACCCAGUAUCAACCCCAGACUGCUAUAUCAGCCCGAGGGCCGAAGGACCGACGGUUGAUACUAGGUGUGAAAUGGAAAAAGGCAUGUUUUAUUCUGUUUAUUAUAUACUUACUAAAAAAGCUACUAUCUUAUGAUCU